UUAGGGCGGGCGCUUCCGAGGACAGCCGAGGGGGGCCGAAGCCGAGCGGGGCCUCCGUCGGAGCCGGGCCGGGUCCCUCUCGCGCUCUCCCAUCCCGGACGCCUGGGUCCCUGUCCCCCCCCCCCCCGGCCAUGAUCGAGGUGUCGGCGGCGCUGCUCCGCGGGGCGGUCUUCCUGGCCGGGGAGCCGCUCGAGUGCCUCGUCACGCUGCGCAACCCGCUGCCACCCGACGCCACGUCCGCCUCCAGUGAAAUGCUGGCCUGGGCCAGCGCUCAGAUCCACUGCCAGUUCCACGCCAGCGAGAGCCGGGUGGCUCUGCCCCCUUCGGAAGAGAGUCGGCACGAUGUCCAGGCCGAGAACGAGACGGUUUUUGUCCCCAACAGAGGGGAGCGGGGCCACUGCAUCCUGUCCACCCCCCCAAAGAUCCUCUUCUGUGACUUGCGACUGGAUCCAGGAGAGUCCAAAACCUACUCGUACUGCGAAACGCUGCCGGUGGACGGCCCCCCCUCCUUCCGGGGGCAGGCGGUCAAGUACGUCUACAAGCUGACCAUCGGCUGCCAGAGGGUCAACUCGCCCAUCAAGCUCCUUCGCGUCCCCUUCCGGGUGCUGGUGCUGCAUGCCCCUGCUGCCUCUCCCUCCUCAGGACUCAAGGACUACCAGUGCCCCCAGGACGAGGCUGUGGCCCCCUCCAACCCUUUCCUGGAGGAGGAGGAGGGGGCCAAGAAGGAUUCCCGGCUGGCCGACUUGGCCACCGAGCUGCUGAUGGCGGCCACGUCGAGAAGGAGCCUCCACUUGUACAACAUCAGCAAUUCCCGCGGCAAAGUGGGCACCUUCUGCAUCUUCAAGGCCGUCUACAAGAUUGGCGAGGACCUUGUGGGGACCUUCAACUUCUCCGAGGGGGACAUCCCAUGCCUGCAGUACCUGGUGAGCCUCCAGACAGAGGAGCGGAUCCAGGAGGCCUUCCAGCCCCGGCGCGGGCAGCCCGUCUCCUACAGCACCCACGCCCGCCACCAGGAGUCCUGCCUGCACACCUCCCGCACCAGCUUCAGCCUGCCCAUCCCGCUCAGCUCGGCCCCCGGCUUCAGCACCAACAUCGUGUCCCUGAAGUGGCGGCUGCACUUUGAGUUUGUGACGUCCCGCGAGGCGUCGCAGCGGCAGGCCCCCCCGGAGGAGGCCCCCUCCUCGGAAGAAGCCUCCCGGUGGUCGGGGGUGGAGCAGAUGGACGUGGACACCUUCAGCUGGGACCUGCCCAUCAAGGUCUUGCCCACCAACCCGCUCCUGGCCUCCUCCGUCUCCCAGGUCCCCGGCGCCAACUCCCUCACCAUCUGAGGGCGCCUCUGCGUGGGUCAGUGGGACUCUCGGCUGAAGGAGCCCUAACAGACGGCCACCGGACCUCUGCUUAAAAUACUUCCAGGGAAGAAGCGUCCGCUAUUGUCCAGGGGAGUUCGGUCUACGGUUGAGUAGCUCUCACUGUCACAAAGUUCUUCCAAAGGUUGAGUCUGAAUCUGCUCCUUUGCCAUUUGAAGAUUUAUUUAUUUUUUAAAAAUAAUUUUUAUUAAAUUUUAUGUUCAUCUCCAUAACAUUGUUCACAAAAAGGAAAGACAUGACCCCCAGAUACCCCCCCUGCCCCCCCGACUUCCCUCUACUUCCUCCUCUGGUUUCUUGCAUAUUUACUUCUGCUUGUUCAACUGCAUUUUAAUACAGCUUUCUUAAAAUAAAAAUAAAAUGUUAUUAUAUUCUUAUCAUUAUUAUACCUUGAUUGUUCUCUAAUUGUCUCUAGGCUCUAUUUCAAUUGUUACCAUACAUUCUCUACCUUAAUUUUGUUGAUUGUAAAGGCUUACUACUCAAAACCUUCUAGUGAGUCCACUUCCUUACAAUAUUUCUGUCCAUUUGAAGAUUUGCACAGCCUAAGGGCCCCUGGGGGCUGUUCCUGAUCUCCCAGUCUCUCAAGGGCAGUCACAUGGAAGGUGGAGCAAGAUGGUUUUCUCCUGUGCUAGAUGGUAGGACUCGAACCCAAGUUACAAGAAAGGAGAUUCCAACUCAACAUCGGGGGAAACCUUCUGGUGGGAAGAGCUGGUUGACAGUGGAAGCGUCUCCCUGGGGAGGUGGGGGACUCUCCUUCCUUGGAGGUUUUUGAGCAGAGGUUGGGUGGCCAUCUGCACUGCAGAGGGGUUGGACUGGAUGACCCUUGGGGUCCCUCCAGCUCCAGAGUUCUAUGUUUCCCCUCCCCUUGGACCCCCGCCUGUUUCCCCCAUGGCCCCCUCACCUUGUGCGUGGAAGUAGCAAAGGGCCCGUGCUCCCGUCAGCUGGAGCAGAAGUGCGAGGAGCAGGCAGCCCCUCAGAGGGGCCCCCAAUGCCGCCGCUGCCCCCAGCCUUGCCUUCGCAGCCAUCGUGGGGCUUCCUGUGGGUCUCUCGGUUCUGGGGGAGACUGCUUCUCCUUCUGCCGCAGUCUGCCUCCAGAAUGUCUGCCCCACAGGGGCUUAUAAAGGGCAGCUUUAUGGGCCUGGCCUCCAGCUGACUCUCCCUGGCAAAGUGGCAAAGCUCAUUUCCUGGUCGGAGGCACGAAAACAAGAGGUGGGAUGGGGAUUUUUUAACAAGCUGCGAAAAGCUGAUUCAUGCCCUCCGGGAAGGACUCCAGUUGGGAGCCCCAGAGGCUGUGCCCUGCGGGGCAUUGAGAUAGAAUCAUAGAAUCAUAGAGUUGGAAGAGACCCCAAGGGCCAUCCAGUCCAACCCCCUGCCAAGCAGGAAACGCCAUCAAAGCAUUCUUGACAUAUGGCUGUCAAGCCUCUGCUUAAAGACCUCCAAAGAAGGAGACUUGGUAGCAAAUUCCACUGCUGAACAGCUCUUACUGUCAGGAAGUUCUUCCUAAUGUUUAGGUGGAAUCUUCUUUCUUGAAGUUUGAAUCCAUUGCUCCGUGUCCGCUUCUCUGGAGCAGCAGAAAACAAUUUUUCUCCCUCCUCCAUAUGACAUCCUUUCAUAUAUUUGAACAUGGCUAUCAUAUCACCCCUUAACCUUCUCUUCUCCAGGCUAAACAUACCCAGCUCCCUAAGCCGUUCCUCAUAAGGCAUCGUUUCCAGGCCUUUGACCAUUUUGGUUGCCCUCUUCUGGACACGUUCCAGCUUGUCAGUAUCCUUGAACUGUGGUGCCCAGAACUGGACACAGUAUUCCAGGUGAGGUCUGACCGGAAUACAGUGGUACUAUUACUUCCCUAGAUCUAGAUGCUAUACUCCUAUUGAUGCAGCCCAGAAAUGCAUUGGCUUUUUUAGCUGCUGCAUCACACUGUUGACUCAUGUCAAGUUUGUGGUCUACCAAGACUCCUGGAUCCUUUUCACAUGUACUGCUCUCAAGCCAGGUGUCUCCCAUCCUGUAUUUGUGCCUUUCAUUUUUUUUGCCCAAGUGUAGUACCUUACCAGUACAUUUCUCCUUGUUAAAAUUCAUAACUCUCCUGUGACCACCCUCCUCCUUGUGGGGACAUAAGGAGAGCCUGCAGCUGGAUCAGGGCCAUUGCCCACCUCGCCCAGCAUCCUCUUCUCCUAGUGGCCAACCAGAUGCCCAUUGUGGGAAGACCACAAGCAGGAUUUGUGCGCAAGAGCCACGCUCUCCCCUCCUGCGAUCUGAGCAGCAUCGCUCCCUCCUCUGAGCCUCCUGGCCAUGGGAUGAAGAUGCGCACAGCUGCCCCUCACCUCUGGGGAAGCCAGCGCCCCCAGGCACAUGGGCACAGAGGGGCAUGAAUCUCGAGGCCCCAGGAGAAAACAUUUCUCUUGCGCCAGGCCUUGGGCUGGUUAACAUUCUGCAGCCUUUGAAAUGUGCAUGGGAGGGAGGGCAUUGGCCCGUAUUGCUUUUGUUUUAUUAUGUGUCUUGUGUUUUCAUUUUGUAUUUUUAUGUUGCGAACUGCCCUGUGGUCUUCUGAUGAAGAUGGUAUACAAAUUUAGUAAAUAAAAUAAUAGUACAGUAGGUUUUUUUUGGAGGGGGGGGGCAGUGCAUGGAAUCCAGCCCAGAGCCAAACUGAGGGCCAGCGAAGGCCUCUCAGUGCUGCCCCCAUUCAUAGCCACCACAUUCUGUACUGGCAGAUUCUUGGUCCAGGAAGAAUCUCUUGGCUGCUUCCCUUCUAGCCUGAUGGCAAUAAUUGGCAGCUCAUUUCAGUUCCUUUUGAGAAGUAAGAGCCCUUUGACAGUGGAACACGCUCCCUUGGGAGCUGGUGGACUCUCCUUCACUGGAGAUCAACAACAACAACAACAACAACAACAACAACAACAACAACAACAAUUUAUUUAUACCCCCGCCCAUCUGGCUGGGUUUCCCCAGCCAUGCUGGGCAGCUUCCAAUCGAGUGUUAAAAGCAAUACAGCGUUAAAUAUUAAAAACUUCCCUAAACAGGGCUACCUUCAGAUGUCUCUUAAAAAGAGGAUAGCUGCUUAUUUCCUUGACAUCUGGUGGGAGGGAGUUCCCCAGGGUGAGCGCCACUACUGAGAAGGACCUCUGCCUGCUUCCCUGAAGCAGAGCUUGGAUGGCCACCUGUCAGGGAUGCUUCAGCUGAGAUUCCUGCACUGCAGGGGGUGGAUUGGAUGACCCCUGGGAUCCUUUCCAACUCUCACUUCUAGGAUUCUGUUACCUCAAAAGGUAGUGUGAUUCCUACAUUGCAGGGGGUUGGAUUAGAUGGCCUUUGGGGGUCCCUUCCAACACAAUGUUUUAUGGCCUGAAUUUCUUGGCUGUGCCCUUUGGGGGGGGUGCAGCGUGGCGGCUCUGUGUCCCUCUGUUGAGGUUCCUCUUGCCUGCUCUCUUCCCACCCUCUCCCUCCCUGGCUGCCCUCUCCUUGCUUGGCACCUUUCCUGCCCCCUCCCUAUUUUUCUGCCCCAUAGCAUCACCCAGGCCCCUCCUGGCCCCCUUACUCCACUGCACAUCCCAGUGGCCAAGCCUCUGCCACAGCAAUGGCAGCAAGAGGAUGGGGCAACCUCCCCUCCGUUGGGAUUUUAAUGCCAGAGGACGAGGUGGGCUUCCCCACCCCAUAGCACUUGUCCACCGUUGCUAUUGCAGAAGGACUCAAGGGCCGCCCCCCGCCCCCCCCAGCAAGAACCACCAUGGCAUGUCUGAACUGCUGGGAGAAAGGAAGGCAGUGGGGGGAAGUCUCCCCCCAGCUCUCUUGCAGCCCCACCUGCCCCAUGUGCCACUCUCAGGUCUCUGCAGGCAAGACCAGGGAUGGCAAGGGCCCUGGCCGGGCAUCCUGUCACCCACCAAGGGGAGAGGGUUCAGUGCCCUGGGCAAGAGGGCAUUGCAGCUCCCAGCAGGAGGAAAAACCUCUGCUCGACCCCCAGGGCCAGGCUGGCAGCUGCCGCGCAGGAAGCAAACAGGAUGCAGGAUGCCGGCUGGCAGCGGGCACUGCCAAGAGAUCCCCAUGCCAAGGCUGUAGUGCCAGUGCUGUUUUAGGCAUGGAAGGGGUUUGGCUCCGGAGCCCAACAUCUCGGGGUGUUUUCUCUGCAAACACCAGCAGGUUCCAAGAACCACUUGCUUUGGGGCUGGGCUGGGCAAGUCCCAAGACUCUGCCCCCAGGCCAAUGGGGGGGAGGCCUCCCUGGGUGCCCUUCUGCUCGCCCCAACAGCUUCCUGGGGAGUCAGCUGGGCCAGGAUCCCUCCUUCCCAGGAGCACCAAUCUGCUUUUGCCUCUUGCUGGCACCCUCCGCCUGGCCUGGCCUGGAUCUCCUGCAGCCAUUGAGACCCAGAGGGUGGGAGCUACCCCCCCCAUAGCAGCUGGAGAAGGAGCCCUUUGCUGGGCUGGAGGGGCACCAUUGCCAUUGGCUCUGUCUGGGGCAGGAGCACGCAGUGGGGCAGCUGCAGCUGGGCAGUGAGUCGGGCGAAGUGGGAGCCCACCAGGUGAGAGGCUGCGAGGAGGAGAAAGAUGGAACUAGGGGUGAGAGUUGUGUGGCUUUUGGAUGUGGGAGCAGAGAGGAGGCUCCAAGGGGGUCUCCAACUCCACAAAGGGUGGCCGGAAUGGAGCAGGCAAGAGCCGAGUGGCUCAAAGGGUGACCGCAGAGACUGAGGCCACAAAUCCUUUUCUGACUGUCCCCUGAGAGGCAGCGUGGGGUGAGGAGUCCAGCAAUGGGGGAGUCUCAUGAGACAACAAGAACGCAAUAAGAGCUUGGUUGCUGGAUCAGGCCAAAGGGUCCCCAUCCAGUCCUGCACCCCAGUCUCACAGUGGCCACUCAGAUGCCUCUUCUGAGAAGUCCUCAAGCCAGACUGGAGGGCCAGCUGUGCCCUCUCAUCCUGGGAUUCCAACUCGGCCGGCCUCAGAGCUACCAGCUGCCUAAAGGCCUCCCAUGUUACACCCCUUUUCAAAGCCUAGGGGGACAGGUUCUGGUCAUUUUGGGGUGCCUGGUAUGCCUUCUGGUCAAACUGGCAACCAGAGUCAAAAGUGGAUUAUUAUUAUUAUUAUUAUUAUUAUUAUUAUUAUUAUUAUUAUUUAAAGUUUUUAUUUAUUUGAAAAACCAGCAAACACAUUUAACAAGAUACAACUUGACGGUUGUUCCAUCAACGUUGAAAAUCUUCCCAGUAUGUUCCAAAGGAGCCUUAAGACCUCUAGCAUUACAAUUUCACAAGUGUUGGCGCUGACCUUUACAGCCCUAAACGGCCUUGGCCCAGGAGACCUGAAGGAGCGUCUCCACCCCCAUUGUUCAGCCCAGACACAGAGGUCCAGCGCCGAGGGCCUUCUGGCAGUUUCCCCACUGAGAAAAGUGAAGUUGCAGGGAACCAGGCAGAGGGCCUUCUUGGCAGUGGCACCUGCCCUGUGGAAUGCCCUCCCAUCAGAUGAAGACAUCUGUACAGGGAGGAUUUUAAUUUCAAUUAUGCUUUUAUAUUUGUUGGAAGCCAUCCAGAGUGGCUGUGGCAACCCAGUCAGAUGGGUGCCAUAUAAAUUGUUAUUGUUAUCCAAUAAUAAUAAUAAUAAUAAUAAUAAUAAUAAUAAUAAUAAUAAUAAUAAUAUCUAUACCACCCUUUGUCCAUAGUAACAACAACAAAAACCCCAAUAUCAACACACACACAACCCGAUUCUAAAAGGCCAUAGAAUUCACUGGUAUAGCUAUUUCUCCUCUGCCUGAGAUGCCUCCCUCUUUGUGAGCACACUGCUUUGCAGAGCAGCCUGGCAGCCGUGCCCCUUCCCUUUCCGCUCCCUGUGAGCCUGUGCUUGGAAGUGGGUCCUCUGCCAUGGCCGUGGCCUCCUUGCCCCCCUGGCCAGGGCCUUUGCCCUCUUCCAGAGAAUGGUGGGACGUGACAGGAAAGACCCCGGGAGUUCAGGGCCAGCGGCUCUGGCACUGGCUGCCCAGGCAGGAAAAUAGCUGCGUGUCAGGAGGGGCGAGUGGCUGGCACCCCAUAAAUCCUCUCCGGCAGGUGCCUUGCAGGCUCCACGAGGAAAUGAGCGCAUGGUGAUGCUUCCUGUGUGGUGACUCAGAAAGAGUCCCAGGAGAGCGCCUCUCCUUCCUGGACAGGGAGGCAGGCAGGUGGGGAGGGGGCUCCAAGAAAUGCCACUCAUCUGGCAGAGGGGGGUGCCCCUGGGACGUGGGGGUGUGUAUUUACUAGAGCAGACAAGUAUAACCUUUUCCUGUUGCCUGGAAUGGGCACCCAGGGGAAUGUGACUCCAGACUGGGAAGACUUCCUUCCUGUCCUACCUGCUCUGGCGUUUCCUCUUCUUGUGUGUGACCAGGUCGAUGGGAAUGACCCUCGCUGGCCAGAUCAAAGGGCUGCCCACGCAACCAUCUCUCUCUUCGACUCUUGGACUCUCCUGGCUCUUAGCCAGCGCAUAGGAUGGAGCCCACAAGCAGAAAGUCUGAGAUGUAGCUGACACUUCUUUUCAUGGUAACCACAAGAUAAAGCCUGCCUUCAGAUUCCUGCUGUGAACUGAAUGUGAAUAAAACUCUAUUCUAAAGAA